AUGAAGAUACAAGACAUCUUCCCCGUUAUCGCCACUCAUGGCUUCCUCAUCCAACCCGUCUCCGGCAACUUCUGGCGCCACAGCCACGGAAAGGCAGACGAACUCCGAAUGAACCAGAUCCAAGUCGUCGGCACCCAUAAUUCCUACCACCGCGAGAUCUCCCUAUCCGAACGAAAGCAAUUCGAAGAACAUAUCCCUUCGCCGGAGAAUUACUACUACUCCCACUCGAAAUGGACGGAUCAGCUGGACCACCAACAAGUUCGGUCCUUUGAGAUCGAUUUGCAUUCGGACACGAAGGGUGGACUGUAUGCGUACCCACUCAUCUGGAAGUUGUCGAAUUUGACCAACGAGACCGCACCCUUUCACGAUCCGAAUAUGCUCAAGCCGGGUCUCAAAGUGUUUCAUGUAACAGAUGCCGACACGAAUGCGAUUUGCCAUACAUUUGUCGAGUGUUUGACACAGCUGAAGAACUGGUCUGACGCUCAUCCACACCAUCUCCCGCUAACAUUCGACCUCGAGCUCAAGAACGACGCACUGGGAUGCUUCCUAGGAGGAGUUUGCGCCGAAGAAGCUAAGAACUGGACCACAGCUCAAAUCCUCGAAGUCGACCGAGAAAUCCGCUCAGUGCUACCCUCCAACAAACUAAUCGUCCCCGACGACAUCCGAAAGCCCGGCCUCACCCUCGAGGAAUCCGUCCUCCAACACGGCUGGCCCACCCUUAAAGACUCCCGCGGAAAAUUCAUGUUCUACUUCGACAACGACCCGGACUCGGAUAUCAAACUCCGCGAGAAAUACCGCGCGGAUGGCCACGAAUCCCUCCAGAACCGCACCGUCUUCACCAACGCUGUCGAAGGCGAGGCGGACUGUGCGUUUAUCAAGCACAACUCACCAGAUGUGAAAGACAUCCAACGUCUGGUCAAGAAAGGAUACUUUGUGCGCACGAGGGCUGAUGAACCUAUCACGACGAUUCUUGCGAGGAAUACGACGAUGCGGGAUCAGGCGUUUGAGAGUGCCGCGCAUGUCGUUAGUACCGAUUAUCCGGCGUAUGGUAUGUCGACGAGAUGGGAUUGGGAUUACGCGGUGCAGUUGGACGGUGGGAAGAUUGCGAGGUGUAAUGCUGUUACGGCGCCUAAGUGGUGUAGGGAUGAGAUGUUGCAGUAG